UAGCAGCUAAAGAGCCAUAUUAUUCCUCAAGUCUCAAUCUUCUUUCCUGGCGUUGUCUCGUUUAGCUCGGUCGUCUCCACUUGGCUCUGUUGUGGACGUCCUACGGGUUGAGGUUCGUGGCGCGCAUAUCCUCGCUGAUGUUGUCCAUCCACUGCUUCUUAGGUCUUCCACGCGGUCGGCGGCCUCCUGGGUCUAAGCGGAGGGCUGUUCUUGGGACCACAUGUCUCAAUAAUGGAAUGUAAAUAUUGGACUCAUUCAACAGUACAAAGCUGAUACAAAGAGCAGAAGACAUGGCUGUGGUUAGUGGAACUUACCGUAUGGUGUCGGAGGAGGAGCAGGCUCUCAGGUCCAAGCUGGAACGUCUUACCGUCAAGGAUCACGGGCCAGUGUUUGGACCCUGCGCCAGCCUGCCAGACCACACUAAGCAGAAGGCCAAGGAUGAGCUGAAUGAGACAGAUGAGAAGCGGGCAGAGGCAGUGAAAGAGCUGCGAGCAAUGAUUAAGGAGAAGGCGGAUGGAGGUGAUGAAAUAGCUAAGGGGGUGCAGGAAACGUUUGGGGAGAAACCGGACAGUUUGCUGGUCCGCUUCAUCCGUGCCAGGAAGUAUGACAUGCCCAGAGCCUUCGAGCUUAUGAAGGGCUACGUGCGUUUCAGGAAGAAUUACCCUGAGCUGUUCGAGAAUCUGACCCCAGAGGCCGUACGCAGUACCAUCGAGGCCGGCUACCCUGGCAUCCUGCACAGCAGGGACAAAUAUGGCCGUGUGGUUCUGCUCUUCAACAUUGAGAACUGGGACUAUGAGGAGAUCACCUUUGAUGAGAUCUUGCGUGCCUACUGUGUGAUUCUGGAGAAGCUGCUGGAGAACGAGGAGACUCAGAUCAAUGGGUUCUGCAUCAUUGAGAACUUCAAGGGCUUCACUAUGCAGCAGGCAUCAGGAAUCAAACCCACUGAGCUCAAGAAGAUGGUGGACAUGUUGCAGGAUUCAUUCCCUGCCCGUUUCAAAGCUGUGCACUUCAUCCACCAGCCCUGGUACUUCACCACCACCUACAAUGUGGUCAAACCACUCAUGAAGAGCAAGCUGCUAGAGAGAGUGUUCGUCCACGGAGACGAGCUGGAUAACUACUACAAGGAGUUUGAUGCUGACAUUCUUCCCUCUGAGUUUGAUGGAAAAGGUUCUAAGUACGACGGCAAGGCCACAGCAGCCAAGCUGUUCGACUAAACGUCCUCCAUCCUUUUGCCAACCAAGCAAAGAGCCAUUAUAUUACAAACCCCACAGGUGGAGGAGACCCAUAGCCAAAUCUAGCAGUGUGGUUUUAGGAAAAAAGUUAUGAAUGAAAGUCAAGUGUGUGAGAAGUUCAAGUGAUGCUGUUUUGCAGAGGUUCUGACCAAGCAAAGUCCAACAAGAAUGAGGGAGUCUAAUGAUCAGUCAAUGAGACCACUCUUUGUUGACACCUUACAAUUUUGCAUGUUUAGCAUUGAUGAUCUAUAGCCAUUAUAGGACUAGAGGCACUUGCAUAUUUUCAAGUCUUAGAUCAUUAAUUAUGGAUGCAUACUCCCAGACAAGCACUGACUUCACUUCACACCAGAAGGCCCCUAUAGUAUGAAAAUCAGCCUCCUUAGUCUUAAGACUGGCUUGAAAUGAACAUUUAGGUGCCUUUAUUUUUUUGCCGUAUUUUGCUGAUUUGACGCUUGGUUGUCGGUGUAGUCAAAGAAUCUCCGAUAUUCAAGAUUUCAGUGGUUGCAGGCAAACAGCAAUCCUUUCAUUACACAAAAAUACUAAAUUCACUAAUAUUUUCAAUGUCCAUAACAUCUAAGAGCUUACUGAACGUCACCAAACAAGGAAACAUUUUCACAGCAGUACAUGCUCACAACAGCUUUACUGGAACUGAUCAAAAAAUAACGGUGACCAAAUGUUGGUUGUGGAUUACCUAUAUUAAGCAGAUUUAAAGGCUUUGCAAGUUGAUUUUAAUGCCAAACUCAAAUGAACUAAAGGCAGUGGCUGUCCGGGAGACAUGGCGUGGUAGUUAAUGGGCAAAAAAUGCAAAAGAAACUGUAUGAUACAUUGACCAUUCAGAUACAGUCUUCUCAUGUAAUUACAUGAAUGAAAAAUUGAUAAAAUAUUUAUUCUAAAUACACAGGCUGACCCAUGUAAUGCCAAAUUAGUGUUUACCGCUUGGCUUUGAACAGGAGAUUUUCUCUUGCUCAUCUCUGUUAAGUCUUGCUUUGUUUGGACCAUAGUUCACCCACACAGCUUCAUUUGACACUGGCAGGCCCCAGCUUUCUCAGUCUCCACCCUCUGCCCCCGCCCCUUGAUGUACAAGGCUGAUAUUCCAACAAGUGCCUGUCUCUUGUGUGUUUUUUAGAUUGUUAUUCAAUAUGAAUAUUAUGACCUAUUACCCAUUGUGCUACCUGGUGCACCAAUAAGAAUGUCAAUCAAUGUACAAUAAACUGUAUAUAAAUAUAA